AUGGUCCUCGGCGAUGGUCACCGCUGCUGCCAGGUCCUGGGGCCGGUGGUACCGGACCCAGUUUGCCGUCCGCGCUGGGAUCGCCGUCAGGAACUGCUCCAAGAGGAUCUGCUCCAUCAGCUGGCCGCCUUCCUCCCUCGGCUGCAGCCAGCGCGUCGCCGCCUCUCGGAGUCACUGACCCAGCGUGAACUGGAGGAGGACCCCCGUUCACGCUGCGGUCAGUCGCCUCGAGACCGGCGCCAGCGACGCGGUGGCACUCAGCAGGUCCGAGGCGAGCCGGAAGGCCGCCGCAGGCUGAGCGCCGCUCUCUGUGCCUCCCCUGUCAGCAGUGGCAGCAAUCUCACUCCCCACUCUUCUUUUGGCCACGCGCAUGUCUCUGAUGUGGCCACAAAAAUAUCCAAGAAAGCAUGGGGGUCUUCCUUCUCCACCAUGCCCUGCAUGGCGACGGCCGCUGAUGCGGACCGCUUCCAGCUGUUGGUGGCUGGCCGCUGUUACCGCCGCGAGCACGCUCGCAAGAGCCGUCAGUGGGUCGGCCUCUCCUGCCUCAAGUGGUCCGGCCAUGUUGGGCGCCAAAUUGUGGAGCAGCACCACGCCAAGCUCCGGUACCAGCUCCACGACGCCAAGAGCCACCCGUCGCAGCACCACGGCUGGCACCACGACUGGCACCCGUCACAGCACCACGGCUGGCACCCGUUGCAGCACCAGUUCCACCACGCCAAGACCCACCACGCUGAGCUCCGGUACCAGCUCCACCACGCUGUGCUCCGGUACCAGCUCCACGACGAACUAGAAAAGUGGCGCAGCCCGGAGUUCUACGAGCGUGAGGUCCAUAGGAUGCAGCUCCCCUUCUCGGGCAAGCUCCCUGGCGGCUGCGUGAGUGCCGAGGAGAGGCAGGAGAGGCGGGCCCAGCAGUUGAGGCGCCUUCAGGAGAUCAACGCUCGGCGGCGUGGAGAGAAGCUGCAGCAGGACCAGGAGAGGCUGGACAGACUGAUGGCGGUGCAGGAGCUGCUGGAGGACGGCCUGCUGGACCAGUUCCACAGGAGUCUGCAGGAACUCAACAUGGACUCGGCCGAGGAGCUGCAGUCCUACAUCAACAAGCUCCAGCAGGCGGUGGAGCAGAGCAGACACAAGCUGCUGCACAGCGACACGGCAGAGGCAAAGACUGAGGCGUCUGAGCUGGAGGAGGGUGACAACAUGUACGCAGACUUCCCUGAGGACACGCUGCCAGAGAAAGCUGCUCAUGUGCUGCAGCCGGCCUUCAACAUGGCCGAAUACCACCAACUGUUUGUGGGCACCGAGCGUCUGCGCUGCCCUGAGAUCCUCUUCCAGCCCUCGCUGACCGGGGAGGACCAGAUGGGCCUGAUGGAGACGCUGCAGUACGUGCUGGCCAGGUACACUCCAGAGCAGCAGGAGGCGCUGGUGAGCAACGUCUUCCUGACUGGAGGCAACAUGCAGUAUCCUGGCAUGAAGGAGAGGAUGGAGAGAGAGCUGCUGGCUAUCAGACCCUUUCAGUCGCACUUUAAGGUAACCAUGGCGACACGGCCGGCCCUGGACGCCUGGCUGGGGGCCAGGGACUGGGCCCUGGAGCACCCCCCUGGUGGUGGUGGGGAGGGCUGGAUCAGCCGGCAGGACUACGAGGAGAAAGGAGGCGAGUAUCUUAGCGAGCACUGCGCCUCCAACGUCUCGGUCCCCAUCAAGGUCAACAAAAAUGUCCCCGCUCGGCCGGUUGAAGCUCCCGUUACCAUGGUUGCUUCUGACGUCGCCAUGGUAACAUCCACUUUGUGAUGAGCACGAGUGCGGGAGUAAAACACAGCCAAAAUGGACGCCCUCACAGUCAUGUGAUCUCUCCCGGUCAAUCAGCAGACAGGUACCAUGUUUGUACUUUUGUAAAUACACACUUGACUUUUCAACUGUAUGUACUUUUACACAAAAAUAUCUGCAGUAGCAUUGUUUCACCACUAGAUGUAGCAAGUGUACACUUAAUCACAGACUUUCCCUGUACACAAUGUUUUCUAACAUCAACUCAAAUAUUAUUACUGGACAUCAGAAUCAUGCAUUAGAUAUAAAGUAUAUAUAUAUAUGUAUGUAUAUGUAUAUGUAUAUAUAUAUGUAUGUAUAUUUCUAUAUAUGUCCAUUCAUAUUUGUGCUGUGUAUUUCCACUUAGACACUGAGAAAUAACAUGUUUCUCCUUCUAAGUGGGGAUCAAAUAUCAGGGUAUUAAUAAUUGUGUACAUGUAAAUAAACAAGACAAAGUGUCACCUCAUUUUGGUUUUUACAGCGGCCAAUGCAAAAGUGUCAGA